AUUAUUAGGUCCAUGGUACAGCGGGUUCGUGUCCCAUGUACAGCCAUUUUAAAGUCCGACCCAUUCUUGUGAAGAGCCAUUCAGGUGAGAGAGAAAAAAAAACAACAUACACACGCAUUCUCUCCCCUUCUAGGUUUCAACUUUACCUAGCGGGGAAUGUAUGUUUUAUUGUCAAGAGGAAUAUAGAUCUAGAAAAUAAGAAGACUUACAAAGGAUAAAAAAAAAAGCAAUUUGAAUUUUUCAUUUCUCUUCCCGAGUCGUAUUCAGUUGUUGUUUAUAGAGAAUAUGCAUACAUAAAAAUGUGUGUCUACCUAUAGUAACCGCUUGAAUGAAAUUUGGAAGGUGUAGUGUAGUCUUCUUUCAUUUGUUAUACAGUGUUCAUAUAUCUGUGUUUACAUAGAAAUCUUUUUUUUAGAGACAAGACAUGAUGGAGCUGCCAACUAUGUGCUUUUUUGUCGUGUUGCUUGUUUCUAUCGAUCCAGUUGCAUCGCAGUCUUCAACAACUUCUACGCCAGCUUCAGCAACAUCAACAUUUACGUCAUCCUCAUUAUCAGCUGAAGCUCCAUCUGUUCACAGCAUUCAGAUCUCGUCUUUAGUGAGCAACGAUUCAAGCACAGUAGUUUCAACCACAGCAACGAAAAUGACGACAUACACAGCGUCGUCGUCAGAGACGUCACUCAGCAUCAAUCCCACGUCUGUUUUCAACGCCUUCAGUGAGGCUAGCACCCUGUCCUUAAACCAAACGCUUUCUAUUGCGCCUACGACUUCUUCGACAAUAUCACCAAAUGGAACUGCUAAUUUACGAAUUUUUUCUGAGACGGUUUUUAGUUCAUUAACAGACUUAGCGUCGAACGCGUCCCUGUCGACAGCACUUUCAUCGACAGAAUCGCUAAUGACAGCAUCGUUACAGACAUCAUCGUUACAGAAACCAUCGCUAGAGACAUCAUCACUGCAGACAGCGUCACUACAGACAACAUCGCUAGAGACAUCAUCGCUACAGACAUCAUCGCUACAGAAGUCAUCGCUACAGACAGCGUCACAACAGACAUCAUCGCUACAGACAGCGUUGCAACAGACGUCAUCGCUAGAGACAUCAUCGCUAGAGACAACAUCGCUAGAGACAUCAUCGCUAGAGACAUCAUCACUUCAGACAGCAUCAUCAAAUUCUACUUUGCUUCCUACGCCAUCUUUUUCCACAUCUGCCCUCGAGACAUCAAACACACCACUUUUGUCUUCUGAGUUUUCAUCAAAAUCGUAUUUUUCUUCAGAGAAUUCAUCCUCAAGUGUUCAUCAAAACAUCACUUCUACGUCCAACAUCGCAUUUAGUUCUACAACCUCGGACGUAUCAACAUUAUACGUCACGCCUUCACCAACAACUUUCAUGCCAUCGGAUUUUUCAGCAACUAUUACGCAAAAUGCAACUUUUCAGCCAAGCAGCGCAACUUCUUUCAGUAGCGCAACUUCUUUCAGCAGCGCAGAUACUUUCAGCAGCGAGACUACUUUCAGCAUAGCACCUAGUCCGACAGCAACGAUUCAGACAUCAUCACCAUUAGAACCUACUGCCACAUCUUUACCUACACAGCCGCAGACCACCACUGCAACAACUUCAAAACCAUCUCUAGCGACACCUUCCCCAGACGACUUAGCUAUGAUUAUCAGAGUGAAGGAAAAUACAACUCAUCCAGCGAAUAUUCAUAUGAAUGUACAAUACGCUAAAGAAUUCUCUUCCUGUCUUAACAACACAUCAGCAUCUAAGUGCAUCAUCAUCAUGUCUUUUGAAGCUGGCUCGGUCUAUGUCUACAACGUCAAGCGUAUAGACCUCAUUCCGUCAAGUGCCAGAGUAGCAAGAGCCGCACCUGAUCCUUUCGUUUGCAGAGCCGAAGAUCUGUUGAGCUUUGCCAUACGACUAGAGAGCAAUGUGACUUGUACCAGGGCACCCUGCACCAAUUGCCUUCCGAUCACGUUGGAAUCGAGUUCCUGGUACUGGUCGGCCGAGCAGCAGCUAGACAUAACCUUUAACCCGAACUACGUUGACGUCACCUGCGCUACUUGCACGCAAUCAACGAAUUUGAUCACUGUACCUACCAUCAUUACAGCGAGCACAACUUCGGGUAAACCUACUGAUGACCCCUUAGCUGGAGGCUCCACCGGAAAGGGAGAAGAAGGCCACUCUGGGAUCAUUCUAGGGGUCAUCUUCGGAAUUCUUGUGGUGGUGAUACUCGUGAUCCUGGCUGUGGUCUGGUAUCGAGGGCGGCGCGGGCACCAAGGAAGGCCCAGGAGAUUCAACAAUUCGGAAGGCGCCGUCAGCCAUAACAGAGGCGCUAGAAUGGAAAGCGUCAACAGCGACGCCUCUGAUAUUGAGUUCGCAGACCUCAAGAGUGGACCUUCGGGCUCGCCCAUGCACGCCACCCUAGACGUCAGCAGCACUCGAUAUGUGGACCUAAACAGUAAAGGCGGCUCCUCGGGGAGAGCGGGCCAGUACCAAAACGUUCAACCGAACGGGCAGUAUGAAAAUGUAAAACCUCAAGGGCAAUAUGAAAACGUGGGCAUUAAAUCUGCCCCAACUCCCGAAUACGCCACAAUCGGAGUUCAAACCAGCCGCCCCAUUAAUGUUUACAACAUGGCGCCUCCUGCCCAGACGCCUACCAAUCAGCGCGCGCCCGAGGGUCACAAGGAUCCCGCUGACGGUGCAGGAUACUCUUUGGCGCAAAACAUCAAUCUCAGUUCAACUGAUUUCUUUAGCUCUCCAGAAAACCCUUACGCAGAAAUAGAGGAAAGUCAAAGAUCAUCCAGUACACGAAACUCAAGAACAAGCGACACUUAGGCAAUAUAUUAACUUUAUAUUUGCAUCAUUCAUCAAAAUAUGCACACAUCUAAAAACCAACAUUUAUCUUUCAUCUACAGUGAAAUAUAUUUCUGAUGAUAUAAACACCAGAAACUGUGUUUAAUUUAUAUUCAAAUAGCUCAUUUUAUUAAGCUGUGGACUUAGUAUCUCGGAACUCGAAUUUUCAUAAAAUCUUCUCCAUCUCAAGCGUUUUCGAAUUAACUAUUAGUAUGUAAAUUGCUAAACAUUAAAGAAAACUUUAGAUAUUUAAGCGAAUAUUUUAGCCUACACCUUUUUUUGGUAAUGAAGAUGUCAAACAGUUAAUGAAGAUGUCAAACAGUUAAUGAAGAUUUCAAACAGUUAAUGAAGAUAUCAAACAGAUGUAGUCAUGAACCAUUUCUUUUUAGGAGAUCGCUUAUGGCAAUUCUUAAAAUGAACUGUGCCGCUAUUGAAGAAAAAUAAUAAGAAUAUAAAAAUUGUGUAUACUAGCCUACCAUGUUUAAUACAAUUAAAUCAAGGAAAUGAGAAGGCUGACACACUCGCCAAGUGUGGGAGAACAAACAAUUAAACAUUGCACUCUGGCCAGAAGAAAUGAAGAAACUAAUGGUGAUUAGAAUAAAUGAGAAAUGGACAAGCUCUCAUCCGUAUCACAAGAAAGAUGACUCCUAUUAUAAGCUAUCCUGACAAGAUCAACGUCUAAUCCCCACAGAACCGGACACAACAGAAUGAGACAACAUAUGUUCCGGAAGCUGAAAAUUGGAACCAGUGAAAUCUGCCCAUGUAGAGUUUCACCAGAGAAUGCUGACCAUGUCCUUCAAAACUACAUUCCUUAUUAAGAGGCCCGAAAACACCCCAAUAGUUCACCUCAUAUAGUCAUUAUUAUGGUAUUUGAGCUUCUGAAAUUUUUUUUAUCGAGAAUGUAUAAUGAUUGUAACUCGUUAAAAGGCUGGAAUCUUUUUAUUAUAUGAGUUGGUGUUUUCUUUGUGGGAGAGCCAUUUAAGAUUGAAACAAAAACUGUGACAGCAUUUAUUCCUUUGUAUGUUACAUUAUACUACAGCAUUUGAUUGUGUGUGUGUGUGUGUGUGUUUGAUGAUCCGUCACUUUGCUUAUUGGUAUACAUGUGUCAGCGUGUGGCAUUUUGUUUACAUCAUGUUGUAAUAGCGUGAAGUUGUUAAAUGCCGUUUGGAUGUCAAUGCCUGACAUUGUAUAAUAUUCUGUUGAUAUCAGUGCCUGACAUUGUAUAAUAACCUGGCAGAACCUGCGACGCCGCUGACCCCAAACUGUACCGGCACUGCCGUUCCUUUGGAUACAUCAGCUGCGUGGAGAGGCAUACUGAUGUGUGGACGACAUCGUUCUGACCACAGCUAAUGCCCAGGCAUUCAUAUCACGUGAGAUGAUCCAUAGUCGCUUCGCGACUGAAGGAGGCCAUAGAUAGAUCAGUGCCUAACAUUGUAUAGUAUCACGUUAAUUGUGUGAAGCUGUUUAAGGCCUUUGUUGAAUGUCAGUUCCUGACUUUGUAUAAUAUCAUUUGGAUUUCAAUGCCUGGCAUUGAAUAAUAUCCUAUUGAUGUCAGUGCCUAAUAUUGUGUCAUAUUAUGUUGAUGUCAAUUCAUGACAUUCGAUUUUAUCAUGUUAGUACCUUAUAAAAUUAUUUUGAUGUUAAUGCCUGUCAUUGAAUAAUAUCCUAUUGAUAUCAGUGCCUUAUAUUGUAUAAUAUCAUUUUUAUAUAUCGUUUUGAUGUCAAUUCAUGACAUUCGAUUUUAUCAUGUUUGUUUCAAUGCAUGACAUUGUAUAAUAUUCUGUUGAUGUCAGCGCCAAUGGUUGGCAGUGUUUAUCGCUCUGUGUGUGUAUAUGUGUGUGUAUGUGUGUGUUAGUCCGUGCGUUGGCCUCGCAAGUAAAUGACAGUAUAUUUUGACAAUUGAAAGUAAAAAAAAAAAUAACUAAAAAAAA